AUGGGGAAUAGAUGCAAAGCCCUAGAUCAUGCAUCAGAUGAAUUAGGCCAAGAUGCAGAGUGGUACUAUGGAUGCGGUCUGUGUAUUCCUAGCUUGAUAGAGGAUGCGAGGGUCGUUGACCUCGGUAGUGGCACAGGGCGUGAUUGUUACGCAAUCAGCAAGCUAGUUGGACCCAAAGGUUUUGUUGUAGGCAUUGACAUGACAGAUGAGCAGCUUGAGCUUGCCAGAAAGUACCUGACAUAUCACCAGGAGAAGUUUGGCUACCCGGCACCCAACGUUGAGUACAGAAAAGGCUUCAUUGAGAACCUGAAGGAUGCUCAAGUAGAGGAUAACCAGUAUGAUAUAGUUGUAUCAAACUGUGUGAUAAACCUGUCACCUGACAAGCCAUCCGUGAUCCGUGAAGCUUACCGCGUCCUGAAGGAGGGGGGCGAGUUCUACUUCUCGGAUAUCUACGUCCAACAGGACAUUCCAGAGCACAUCAGAAAACACAAAGUACUGUGGGGUGAAUGUCUGGCUGGUGCCCUCUGUUGGACAGAUUUAGAGAAGUACGCCAAGGAUAUCGGGUUCACCAAACCUCGUAUCGUCAAUGCAAGGAAAGUGAAUGUUGAGGAUAAGAAGCUGUUGGAAGUUACAGGAGACAUUGCUUUCAUGUCGGUCACCUACAGACUGUUCAAGGUGUCCAAGGAUGAUUGUAAGACCCCAGCAGUAGUGACAUACAAUGGAACACUUGCUGAAUAUGAGACAGAGCUUCCCUUUGACAUAGAAAAUACUUUCAAGGCUAAUGUUCCUGUCAAUGUUGAUGCGGAGUUAGCUGAGAUCUUGCGAAGAUCAAGAUAUAGCAAGGUCUUUACUAUUGAAGAUGGUGCUCGGUGUUGCAAUACAAAGGUCGCUAAAAAUUGCCCCGUAGACCCGUAUGUGUACCUGAACUCAGACUGCUCUGAUGCAAGCCCAGGUUGCUGUGCUAAGCCUGCGGAACCUAAAUGCUGUUAACUGCUCUGCAAUCUUUCAAGACCAAGUCUCGCAUCUACAAUGACUUUUGCUCCAUUGCAAAAUGUGAUCACUAAGUAAAACAUAUUAAAAACCUUACCCUUAAUCAAAUUCUAAUCUCCACAGUGUUCUCUCCGUAUUCUGAGAAAGCUCAGAAAUUGAGAUCAAAGCAAUUGUGUAAGGUGCUUAUGUCAUGUCGGGAAAAGUUGGUACUGGAUUUCAAUUUCAGCUCUGUAACCCAACACAUUCUUUUUCUCUAUUUCUGGGCUCUGUAACACAAAGAUUAGCAAUCAAUCGCUAAAUGAACUGACCAAUCAAUAUCAAUGUUACACAAGCAUUAGGUUUAAAAUAGUGACAAGGGACCAAUCAGUGCGGUUCUUUCAUAUUUGCAAACCUUCGUGUUACGGACCCCAGAUCUUCUCUUUUUCUUUCUCUCUACCCCCACCCCCUUCUAUUCUCUCCUCUCCCCCUUUCUCUCAUCUUCUCCAUCCCCUCUCUCUCUCUUCCCCUCCCCCUUAUUCCCCCCUUUCUAUCCUUGUCUCCUCAUCCCCUCCCUCCUUCUCUUUCUGUCCUCUUUGUCUAUAUUUCUCGAUUUCUCUCUUUCCCCUUUCCCUUUUGAUACCUCUUUGAGAUAAUUUCUGACCAUACACUCACUGCCUAUGUCCAGUGCAUUUAUCUUUGUCCUUAGUGCUUAGUGUAUGCUGUUGCUGUACAAGUCUCAUUUCCUUUUUGAAUGUGAAGUUUUGUUUACAUUAAAACCCAUCAAAUAGGACCUGUUUAUAUUAUUGAAUUCUCUUUGCAUUGAAAAAUUAUUUUCAAAUUCCUUGAAUUAUAUUUAUAUCAUGUGUGCAUUGUGAAAAAUUAAGAAUCAUUAUAUUAAUGAUAAUAACUGAAAAGGGAAUAGUUCGUGAUGAGUAAAAGUAUUUGCAGAUUUUUGUGUUAGUGUCAAAAGUUAUCAUUAAAAAAAAACAAUGAGUGGACAACCUGAAAAAACCUUUAAGGCUGGUAAGAAAAGAUAGUUAUACAAAGUAGAAGACAGUAAUGCAUCUCAAUGUGUCAUGAAAGGAAUUUCCAAAGAUGCCCUAACAAUGUAUACUUGAGCAUGUUCUACGAAGUCAAUUAUAGGUCCCGUAACUCAAAGGUUAGCGAUUGAUUGUAUGCUUGAUUUUAAAGGACAAGUCCACCCCAUCAAAAAGUUGAUUUGAAUAAAAAGAGAAAAAUCCAACAAGCAUAACACUGAAAAUUUCAUCAAAAUCGGAUGUAAAAUAAAAAAGUUAUGACAUUUUAAAGUUUCGCUUAAAUUCACAAAACAGUUAUAUGCACAUCCUGGUCGGUUGCAAAUAAGGAGACUGAUGACGUCAUCCACUCACUAUUUCUUUUGUAUUUUAUUAUACGAAAUAGGGAAUAUUCUAUUUUUCUCCUCAUUGUCAAGUGAUACAACGAUUAAUUCCUCCCUGAACAUGUGGAAUUAGCAUUGUUUAAUACUAUAUGGCUCAGUCAAGUUGGUCCUUAUAUUGUCAAAUCUGUAAAAAGUGAAAUAUUGUAUAAUUCAAACAAUAAAAAACAAAAGAAAUAGUGAGUGAUGGACAUCAUCGACUGACUCACCUAGUUGUGCAUAUCACUGUUUUGUGAAAAAUAAGCGAAACUUUAAAAUGUCAUAACUUUCUUAUUUUACAUCCAAUUUUGAUGAAAUUUUUAGCACUAUGUUAGUUUGAUUUUUUUCUAUUUAUUUAAGUCAGCAUUUUCCUGGGGUGGACUUGACCUUUUAACGAUUGAUAGUACAUUGUGGACAGUGCAAUCAAUCGCAAAGAUAUUAUUCUACAAUGAUUGCUAGGCUUUGUGAUACAGGUCCCCGUAUACAGUCAAACCAUUCCACAAAUGACAUGAAAAGCGAUCUUCAUGUGCAGGUGGCCUCUAGGAACGGGUUCUUAUAAUACAUCUGUGAAUGGGGAAAACAAUUCAAGGGAAAUCAAAUUUGUGAGCUUUGUAGACAAGGUAGUCUUUCUAUACGUGUGGUCACUGAAGCAGAUUUGAAUGCUGUAUACCUCAUAAUAUUACUAAACAAAAUUUAUGUUCAUUAACCUAAAUGCUGCAUGGGUAUUCAUUUUUUUUUUCUAGUGUACCAGAAUUUCUCAUUUUAGAAAUGAUUAUACAACUCGGACAUAUUGAUCACUAACCGCUCAUGCACUCCCCUUCACACUUGUAAUGGAGAGCAUACUUAAAAUAUUCUAUUUUAUGAAACAGCUUUUAUUGUCUUUUUUAUAUUUACAUCAGUGUUUUGAGAUAAUUUUGUACAACUCAUGCCUUAAAGGUAAAAGACAGUAGUUGCAGCAAAACAAUUAUUUCAUGAGAAAAUCUUUUAAUUCAAGGUUAAUUGUUAAAAUUUUAUCAUUCAUCUAGAUAUGGUGCAUUUUUGUAAACUUAUCUUUGUAAAAUCAUGAUAUCUUAGCUCAAAAUCGAUAAUUCUGAUGAACACUAACACAGAAAAGCAUAUGUUGGACUAUGUAUUAAUAUUGCUUCAAAAAUACCUGACAUUUGAUGGAAUACCGGGCUUAUUUUGCUCAUUUCUCAGGAAUUACACAUUUUCUCCCAGAGCUAUUUGGCACAUAUUUCUUUAUUUGUUCGAAUUCAUUUUGAGAUUGUUACCACAACUGGUUUUUAUCUUUAAUCAAUACGAUUUAUGAUGAAAUAUAUAUAUAUAUGUGGUUUAUUCUUUGAUAGCAAUUCAAAUCUGUUACAGGCACCUUUAGAGUGUAUGUGUGCAUGUUUUAGACAUUACCCCCCCCCCCCUUUACCCAUUUAAAACUGUCAAAAUAUGCCUAUGUUUGUCACCUCGAUCCCUACAUUCCAAUAAUACUCUACUUACUAUACUAGGAAAAUGUGUUGAAUUAAAAAAAAAACAUUGUAAUGAAUAGCUUCCUGAUUGGAAUCACCAGAUAAAGCAACAAUUUUCACUGAACAAAAAUUACUUUUUAUAAUGUCAAACAUGUAUGGUUCCAAAUGUAUCAAAUUUAUCUGGGAUAGUGGUAUUCCUGUUUGGACACGUUUUCAUUCAAGGGUUUUGGAAAUCUGGGGCCUGUCUUACAAAUGAUCGCGGUAGAUCCAUAUCAAACUCAAACUUAGAUUGAACCCAAACUGUAUAAUUAAAAGCAGAAAGUAUUUGUGAUCAAUCUAGAUUUCAGUUGGAUUGGAAGAUCUUUGUAAUGCAGAUUCCUGGGUCCUUUGUAAUACAUUCUCAUUGAGAUUGAGCUACAUUUGUGUCUUUAUGAGCAUGAGCUUUUCAUUUAUCAUAAUUUAAGUUUUAUUUGAAUCUAUCUUUGUAAAACUGGAAUAUUGGUGUAAAUUAUUUGUCUAUUUAUCUGAAAUAAGUCGAUUGUUUUUCUUGAUUCUGAAAUUGCCCAUUUAUCUUAAAAUAUGUUCAGUAUGGAUUUUAACACACUUGUCCGCAAUCUGUUUUUGUAUUCGUAUCAAAGAAUUGACUGUCAGCAAUGAAUACAGAAGCAGUGCCCUUCUCUUCUUAUCAUAUUAUUGACAUCAUCAGGCAUGGAAGGGGCAGGGGGGAGUCUAGUCUGCAGGCACAGACCCUGAUUGAAACUUUAAUCAACAAGUGUGUCUCCAUGCAAAGAAUAGUGCAUACAAAACUUGCCGUUUCAAUUCAGAGCGAGAGGUCCUUCAGUACACAAGGCAUGAGUGGGCUGCACAUUCAGACCCUUAACUCGAGUGAAGGGUCUGCACAACUGACUAGGGAUGGGGGGAGGUUGCAAUAUAAUCUGUCCCUUAGGCUGCUGUACAAAAUAUAAAUUCUCCGGAUCUGAGUGUAUAAUUGUCUUAAAAAUUGCCAUAGGAAUCAUGCAGGAAUGUGAAUCCAUAGGUCAAAAGAUCGUAUUUAUCAAUCAUAAAGUUUGAUGAUUUUCUUUAAAAUGACUUUACAUGUAUGCUAGUUAUUGGAGAUAGAAAAGGGCGACUAUUGUUUAAUUCAGGGAACGAAUUGUAAAAUACAGAUGGGCAAUCCCAUAAAAAAAAACUUUUUUGUACGUCCAACCCCCAUUUUUCUCAAGUCUUACUUCACCUUAUAAAGUGACCAUGACGAAAGAGCUCCGUUUGAUAACACUAUACCCCUCUUCUCCAAGUACGAAAACCCUACUGCCCCAGGCAUGCAAUGUAAGUAUCAAAACACCUGUUUCUUGACCUCGGUCCGAAGAUAACACAACAGCCCGAGUGCGGUCCGGGAAAACAUGUCGCCAUUUUUUAUUCACUUACUUUCCUUAUUUCGAGGUUGAUUUUCUUUGUUCGAAAUUGAAAAUGGGCUAGCAUUGAAUUUCUGAAUACAAUAUGCCUUUGAAAACGUGAUUAAAUAUCGAAUACAAUAAUUUAAUUCCGAAGGUCCUUCUACAGGCAGAGAAGACUUACGUAAUAGCACAGCUGUUGUUAUCAUUUCGUCCUUGGCUCAACGCUCAUAAUCUGGCCUGUGGGGAUUACCUGGCCAAGCGGGGUUGAUCAGGCGGGUGUUUCAUAAAGCUGUUCGUAAGUUAAGAGCGACUGGUGAUCAUGUCUUGCGGUAAAUGGUACAAUUGGCGAUGAUCACCAGUCGUUGUUAAAGUCGCUCUUAACUUACGAACAGCUUUAUGAAACGACCCCCAGGGUUUGGAAAUGAUGUUUUAGAUUUUCAAACGCAAAAUGGGGUGAAAUACCGCAGUUUGCAAUCCGAACUGCGGUCCGUUCCCAAACGGGGGUAAGACGUAAUGCUAAGUUGAGGUCCUUUGAGAACAUUACAGACUGUCAAAAGAACAAGAAAUCAGAGACAGAAAAUUUCAUGAAGGUCCCACAUAUAGGCCCAGGUGUAAAGGCGAAUUACUGUAAGGUACAUUAAGAGACCUCUUUGGUCACUAUUAGUAUUAUUAUUAUUUAGAACUGGUUAACCGUAACAUCAUUGAAUUUUGCCUGUAUAUUGAUCUUCUUAUGCAUAGUGACGGCUGAAAAAUGUGCAUAUUUAACAAGUUUCUUUAAUGUUACUUUACUUUCCUAAUUUGAUUUUUAUGUCAUCUUUCAUAUUCUUUAUGCUACAUUUAGAUUUAGAUAUAGAUUCUAUUGACUUCCAUUUCACAAAAUACAAUAAAUGAACAUAAGAAAGCUAACUAUAAUACAAGUAACAGACAUAGUUGCAUAUAUGAUAUGAUUAUAGAUUUAAGGAAUGCAAUACAAAAAAUAACCUUAAUUGAUUUUACUAUUCAAAAUUAAAUUUUCAUGAUAAAAUCACAAUGAAAGACUCAUUGAUAAUUAUGAUUUAAAGGGAGAUAUGAUUGGUCAUAUUAAUGUGUGUAUGUAACACAUGAAUUUGCAAUAGGAACAGGCUUAUACAUACAAAUCGGUGGCUAAAUAUAAUCGUCUGUGACCAUGUACGUUUUGUAGAUUAUUUCAUUACUUGUAAAAAUUAUAAUAAUUUUGGAUGUAAUAAAGUAAUAUUGAUUUGUAUUGAAAA